AUGGCCGAUAUCCCAGCUGGAGAUUACGAAAAGGGAAAGAAGGUGUACAAGCAGAGAUGCUUGCAAUGCCACGUUGUGGAUUCCACUGCCACUAAAACCGGACCAACCCUUUACGGAGUCAUCGGGCGUACAUCUGGAACCGUUGCUGGAUUCGACUAUUCUGCUGCUAACAAGAGCAAGGGAGUCGUCUGGACCCGCGAGACCCUCUUCGAGUACCUCCUCAACCCAAAGAAGUACAUCCCAGGAACCAAAAUGGUGUUCGCUGGACUUAAGAAAGCUGAUGAGCGUGCUGAUCUCAUCAAGUACAUCGAGGUCGAAUGCUCCAAGCCACUCGCCUAA